GGCGUCUCGUCGUUAUCCAACAAGACCGGUUUGGAAUACACGAAAUUUAUCCCGAAAACAAUUAUACGCAGUAUCGAAUAGACAGACGUAAUACAGAUCCAUUCAAAGACUACCUCGCCGUUAGGAAACAAAGCAUAUUGACAUCGAGUUCCAGUGGCACUUCACUUGCGUUGGGUAAAGCUGUUCAAAUGUGAUUUCCAUCAAAGAGGUGUAGCCUAUCCAAGGUUAGAUUAAUCCAAAUUUCGAAACAUUGCUUUGUCAUAUAUAGCCUAUUUGCCAUCUACAGUGGCAGAUUUGCUUUUGUGUUGUUACUCGUCAAUAGCCUACCUGGCUACAACGCAUCAACGCAUUUUGGAUUUGUCAAUAGAAUAGGCUACGCCAAGAGGACGCUUUGCAGUAAAGGCCUGCUCUCGUUGUAAUAAUAUCGGGAUAACAAUCCACUCGUUUAAAAGUAGUUCUUCAAACAUCUAACAAGCGCCACCAUUAAUAUCAGACACAAUGGCUGAUGCUAGCACGGAAUGCAACAUCAAGGUGUUAUGUCGUUUUCGUCCUCUGAAUCAAUCUGAAAUCAACCGCGGAGACAAAUUCAUCCCUAAAUUCCAAGGUGAUGAUAGCGUGAGCGUUGGGGGCAAGUCCUACGUGUUUGACCGCGUGUUUCCCACCAACACCACUCAGGAGCAGGUGUACAACACCUGUGCCAAGCAGAUCGUUAAAGAUGUGCUGGGUGGAUACAAUGGCACCAUCUUUGCUUAUGGCCAGACCUCCUCUGGAAAAACCCACACCAUGGAGGGUAAGCUGCAUGACCGCCAGAACAUGGGCAUCAUCCCCAGGAUUGCUGAAGACAUCUUCAACCACAUCUUCACCAUGGAUGAAAACCUGGAGUUCCUCAUCAAGGUUUCCUACUUUGAAAUCUACAUGGACAAAAUCCGUGACCUGCUGGAUGUGACUAAAACCAACCUGGCGGUGCAUGAGGACAAGAACAGGGUCCCUUACGUCAAGGGCUGCACUGAGCGCUUCGUCUCCAGCCCGGAGGAGGUGAUGGACGUCAUCGACGAGGGCAAAGCCGCCCGUCACGUGGCCGUUACUAACAUGAAUGAGCACAGCUCCCGCAGCCACAGCAUCUUCCUGAUCAAUAUCAAGCAGGAGCAUGUGGAGACGGAGCAGAAGCUCUGUGGCAAACUCUACCUGGUGGACUUGGCUGGCAGUGAGAAGGUCAGUAAGACUGGUGCGGAGGGAGCUGUCCUGGAUGAGGCUAAAAACAUCAACAAAUCUCUGUCCGCUCUCGGCAACGUGAUCUCUGCUCUGGCAGAGGGAACGAAAACUCAUGUGCCGUACCGUGACAGCAAGAUGACGCGUAUCCUGCAGGACUCUCUGGGCGGUAACUGCCGCACCACCAUGUUCAUCUGCUGCUCCCCGUCCAGCUAUAACGACGCCGAGACCAAAUCCACCCUCAUGUUUGGCCAACGUGCCAAGACCAUCAGGAACACCGCCUCCGUGAACCUGGAGCUGACGGCUGAGCAGUGGAAGAAGAAGUACGAAAAGGAGAAGGAGAAGAACAAGACCCUGAGGGAGACCAUCCAGAAGCUGGAGCUGGAGCUCAACCGCUGGCGCAAUGGUGAGGAGGUGCCUGAGACGGAGCAGCUGAGCCCAGGUGUGGUGCGUCUGGAGCCCCUGGAGGAGACGCCCAUCCUGGACAACAGCAACUCCUCCAUCGUGGUGCGCAUCUCGGAGGAGGAGCGCCAGAAGUACGAGGAGGAGAUCCGCAAGCUCUACAAGCAGCUGGACGACAAGGACGAUGAGAUUAACCAGCAGAGCCAGAUGGUGGAGAAACUCAAGGAGCAGAUGCUGGAUCAGGAGGAGCUGCUGGCCUCCACGCGCGGCGACAGCGAGAAGGUCCAGAGCGAGCUGGGCCGGCUCCAGAUGGAGAGCGACGGGGCCAAGGCCGAGGUGAAGGAGGUGCUGCAGGCCCUGGAGGAGCUGGCCGUCAACUACGACCAGAAGAGCCAGGAGGUGGAGGAGAAGAGCCUCCAGAACAAGCUGCUGGCUGAGGAGCUCUCCCAGAAGAUGGCCCACCUGAUGUCCAUCGAGGCCGAGCUGUCCCGUAUGCAGGAGGUGAGCGGGCAGCAGAGGAAGCGCAUCGCCGAGGUGCUCAACGGCCUCAUGAGGGACCUGAGCGAGUUCAGCGUCAUCGUGGGCAACGGCGACAUCAAGCUGCCUCUGGAGCUGAGCGGGGCGUUGGAGGAGGAGUUCACGGUGGCGCGCCUCUACAUCAACAAGAUCAAGUCGGAGGUCAAGUCCAUGGUGAAGCGCUGCCGCCAGCUGGAGAACCUGCAGCUGGAGUGCCACCGCAAGAUGGAGGAGACCGGCCGCGAGCUCUCCUCCUGCCAGCUCCUCAUCUCGCAGCACGAGGCGAAGAUCCGCUCUCUGACGGAGUACAUGCAGAACGUGGAGCUGAAGAAGCGGCAGCUGGAGGACAACUACGACUCCCUGAGCGAGGAGCUCUCCCGCCUGCAGACCCACGAAACUGUGGGAGGCGUGUCCAAGAAGGACAGCAUGAAGGAUAUGGAAGAGUCUGGCGAUGUCAAGCGGGUGCUGGAGCAGCAGAUGGAGUCUCGUCGCGAGUCGCAUCACAAGCAGCUGGGCCGCCUGCGCGACGAGAUCAACCAGAAGCAGAAGAUCAUCGACGACCUCUCCGACCGCAACCAGAAGCUGCAGUUGGAGUUGGAGCAGCUGCGGGCUGACUUUGAUCGCCUGAAGAACCAGGAGCAGCACAAGAGCGUGCAGCUGGAGGAGCUGACAUUUCUCCAUGAACGCCACGAGCAGUCUAGGCAGGAUCUCAAGGGUCUGGAGGAGACUGUCGCCCGCGAACUCCAGACCCUGCAUAACCUCAGGAAGCUGUUUGUCCAGGAUCUCACGACGCGGGUUAAACGAAGCUCCGAAUUGGAGCCUGAUGAUAGUGGGGGGUCUUCCACCCAGAAACAGAAGAUUUCCUUUCUUGAAAACAACCUGGACCAGCUUACAAAAGUACACAAACAGCUGGUACGUGACAAUGCAGAUCUGCGUUGUGAGCUUCCAAAACUGGAGAAACGUCUUCGGUCUACGGCUGAGCGAGUUAAGGCCUUGGAGGGUGCACUAAAGGAGGCCAAGGAGAGCGCCAUGAAGGACCGCCGGCGCUACCAGCAGGAGGUCGAGCGCAUCAAGGACGUCAUGAGGGCACGCAACCCGCUCAGGCGCCCCCACGCCGCGCAGAUCGCCAAGCCCGUUCGUCCUGGCCACUUCUCCAUUGCCUCUCCCACCAACCCACUGGUGUUGCGCAACACUGACCACCCCAUUGCCUUCAGCAACGUGCUGUUCCAGAACAGCACCCAGGCCACCACCCAGCAGCAGCAGCAGCAGCAGCCCUCAAACCCCAGCGCCACACAGAAGAUCACGGCCCCAGUGGAGGUGAGCAACACCACAGUCAACUCCACAGAGACAACGGACUCCCAUCAGCUCAAUGUGGCCAACGGAAAUGCCACAGACAUCAACGACAACAGUGUGUGUCUCAACGUGUCCUCUGUGUCCAGAGGCGAAGGCCACUGCGGCCCGCACGUCGACCCCAACAACGAGCCCAACAACCUCUACAUCCUGCAGCAGCAGACCGCUGCCAGCUAAUAACUCAACGCAGAUGAACAGCUCGUCCAGAGUCUCCUGUGUAUAUCAGCAUGCUGCCUAUCGGUUUCUCAUAACUUCCCUGCCCUCCCGACCCUCCUCAGAUCUACCCCUCUAGACCCAGAAUCCUCCUGUUCCUCCCUUAGUCUCAAGUCCUCUCCUUCAGCUCGCCUAACUCUGUACCCCCUAAUACUCCUUCCUUUCAAUACUUCGUAGUUUUAUGAUGUACAUAGAAUACAUGUAGAGAAAAACUUAACUGUGGCAGACACUGUGGCUUCUUAAUGCUUAGCACUGGCAGCCUCUCUAAUGCUCGAAACUCCCAUUUUUUUUGCUGGAGUAAAAUCAUAGGACUGACCAGUGGAGGUUGUUGGAGAGCAUGCAGUGUUUCUUCUGGCCACUAGGGUGUGCUGUUUGACUUAUUGUGUGGGAAGUGCACCUUGACAUAAUGUGUACUGUACUGUAGCUCUGUAUAAACCUGUGAUAUUCCCCCCCCUGAUUCUAUCAUUCUACAAAAUGUGGAUACCUUCAAUCCAGGAUCCAGGGCAGGCACAUAUAGACUGGUUCAGAGGGGCACCUCUAACCACACAGAGGCAUCCGAUCAGAGCCAUGCGAGCACACAAUGUCAAGCCUUGCUCCUUGAACUAGGUGCAUGUGCCGAUGUCUAUUAUUGCCCACAGACACACACACACACACACACACACACACACAUACACAUAUAGUACACAUAGUCGAGCCUUAAACUGUAACAACAAAAAAUUGAAAAAACUAAAAAAAAGUCCUUUUCAUAUCAUUUGUUUUAUACACUGGAGCAAAUAACCCCCUAUCUGUACAUAUACAGGCCCCUUGGAAAUAUGUCACAGUGGUACACCAGGCACCUAUUUCCUUCCUCCCUGUGCUGAGAUAGAGAAACAGAAUUCAGCAGCAGGAAGAGCAGGGAGAUUAAUGAAAGUUGCUGCCACAUAUACCCAGAGGGAACCCCUUCCAACCCCUAUGAAUAUAAUGUGUAUAAUAAGCUGUAGUCAUGAGACUGCGCCGUGGCAUUGAAGAGAAAUGUUUCCAUAUCCACAUUAACCUGAAGGAUGGAAGCUGUCCCUACUAAGACCGCAGCCACUCCUCAAGACAAGGGGGAAGGGGGGGAGCAAGCAGCCAUGAUAUCAUCCAAGUAUGUGGUUUUUAAAAAUGAAGCAUAUUUACAUGUAGACUUUGACGAUUUUCCAGUCUGUAUCACCCCUCCACGUGGCUAGGAUGUUUUUUGUGAGUCGUUCCCACUGUCAUUAUGUCAGUGUGUCUGUAGUGAUGUCUCCACUGGCUGUACAUUGUAGAUGUACUCCCACAAAAUAGUGCAAAGAUACAUAGGGGUGAGGCUAAAGCACUAGAUUAGGGCCUAUUUUUAUACAGUCCACCAUAAUUAGUUAUUUCACUUAAAGCAAUUGUUAUAUUAUUGAUUAUGUUGAAUGUUUUUUUUUUUUUUUUUUUUUUACU